AACGAGUAGAAGUAGAAGGAGGUAAAUCCGGAUGGCAUGGCUCCGGAAGGUAACAAGGUAACAAUAAUACAACAACAAGAGAACGAAUUGGAGAAGAGACGGUUGAUAUUUCAGCACUUACGACAUGCCAAAAUUAAUAUUCAUUUUAACAAUUAGCCAAUUACGACACGUAACAUUGCAACAAGUUGCAGAAGUAAUAUAAAGUCAUCAUACUCCAAGCGGAACAGUAUAAUAUCACGAAUAAUUAUAAUGGCUAGGACCCACGCAUAUUUUAUCGUUAAGGAGGGGAGGAAUACAUUUCAUCUGAAUACGAACUGAUCGAAUUUAUAUGUAUAAAGAGAAGAAUAUUUGAGGAAUGCAUUCACUCGUACCAAUUUACAACUUACAUUAGGUUACAUAUACCUGUAGAUACACAUAUCUCAACAUAUCUUUCAUCGCAAUGGCUGGAAGCUAUAGAUAAAUCAUUUAAUCUUCGGAUGUAUGUUAGUGUCCGUAUUGAAUUGAUAAUUACGGGAGAUUCUGACAUUAGGUUAUGUACAUCUGUCAAAACAUAUAACGCUUUGAAAAACAUUGCAAGUAAUCAACAUUGACAAUCGUUGAUCGAAAUAUAUAAUGGAACUUGGCGACUUAAUAUUAAUUCCUAAACUCGAUAAUGUUGCAUUAAUUGAUAAGAGUGAUGGAAGUAGUAAAACUAUUGAUGGAACACUGUGCAUUAGUAUUCAUCAUCUACUCUGGUCUUCGCGGCAAGGCAAUGAUCAAGAGCUUUGGUUAUUAUAUCGAAAAAUUGAUCUUAUAGAGAAAAAGUUGAAUACUCCAAAUUCAGGGGGUAGUAUUAUAUUGAAAUGUAAGGAUUUCCGUAUACUCCAGUUAGAUAUUAAUUCAGCAGAUGACUUGACAAAUGUUGUGUUGUCUAUAGAAAAGUUAACAUCGCAAGAACAAACUUUACAGUAUCCCUUCUUUCAUAAACCACAAACAACUAGUAAUAUUGCGGCGCCUAUAGAAGAUGGAUGGACUGCAUUUAUUCCAGUAUCCGAAUGGUCAAAAUUAUUAACUGCUCAUGCAGACGAAUGGCGCAUUAGUUACUUAAAUAAAGAUUACAAAGUUUGUGAUUCUUAUCCGUCGGCUGUUAUAGUACCACAGCAUGUAGAAGAUAAAGUGAUAAUAUCAUCUGCCAAUUUUAGAGAUGGUGGAAGAUUUCCUGCUUUAUGCUAUAGACACGAAGGAGGGAGUAUUUUAUUAAGAAGUAGUCAACCAAUGUGUGGUACUAACGGUAAAAGAUGUAAAGAGGAUGAGAGGUUGUUGAAUGCAGUGUUAGGACCAGGACGACGUGGUUAUAUAAUAGAUACAAGGUCCAUUAGCCAAGCUCAAAGUUCCAGAGCCAGGGGUGGUGGUACAGAAAUUGAUGCUGCUUAUCCGCAGUGGCGGAAAGUACAUAAAACAGUUCCACGACCACACGAUUUAGCCGAUAGUUUUUUUAAAUUGAUAGAGGCUUGUAAUGACAUAACGUGUUCUACUUCCCAGUGGAUCUCAAGACUUGAUAAUAGUGGAUGGUUAUCCGCUGUGCAAAGCGCUUUAAAUGCCGCUUGUGUAACUGCUCAAUGUCUCCACCAAGAAGUAGCAGCAGUGCUAGUUCAUGGAAGCACUGGCAGAGAUUCUACUCUAGUUGUAACGAGCCUAGCACAAACAAUAUUGAAUCCAGACUGCAGAACUGUGCGUGGCCUUCAAGCUUUAAUCGAACGCGAAUGGAUACAAGCUGGACAUCAGUUUUUCAGUCGCACACGCCACGGACCGUACCAUCCAUCGAACUCGCAGAGCAGUUUAACGCAUGCCCCGACUUUUCUUCUAUUUCUCGAUUGUCUUUAUCAACUUCACUACCAAUUUCAAUAUAGCUUUGAAUAUACAGUCGAUUUGUUAAUUGAAUUGUACAAUCAUGCGUAUUGUUCCGAUUAUGGAACGUUUUUAGGCGAUUCAGAAGCGGAGAGAGUUAAGCUUCGAUUAUCUGAGAGAACAUGUAGCUUAUGGUCGUACAUAAAUCGACCAGAAGUAUUAGAGAAAUGGUUGAAUCCAUUAUACGAACCGAACUCCGGGGUUAUUUGGCCAAGCGUUGCACCUCUUAGUAUUCAAUUAUGGAAGGAACUUUAUCUUGCUCAUACAAGUGUUGCGCCGUGGAAAGAUUUACUCUCAUCUAUAACUCAAAUAAAACAAAAUCACGUGGCGGUACGUAAAGUCGCUGGCAAAUUACAACUUCAAAUUAAACGAGCAAUAGAGGAAAUGCGGUCAAAUCCUGAUCUGUGUUACGAUGAAGAAAAUCAAGAUGAACAUACCCGUAUAGCACAACUAAGCCUAGAAUCUCAAAAUACUUGAUGUAAAUUGUAGAUACUGCACGAAAAGAUAAUUCCCACUCUAUUCCAUAAUAUAAAAUUUAUGAUGCCUUUUA